GCCUUAAAGCCUCACUGACUCGACACUCAGAAGUUCUGACAGUGCUUUCUGCGCUGUUGGACGCGGCUCGAGGGCCUGGAUCCUGUUAAAGAGGUAUGCAAAUACCCUGGCCAUAUGAUCCAAUAUGGCACAAUGCGACACGAUACACUGUAUUGUUACGUUUAGCAAACAUGAGGUCUAGGACUUCACAAAAACAUCUAAGCUGAAGGAGUUUCAACAGCGUCCCCUUCGGAAUCUCCUGGAUUGGAACCUGUGGAUUCCCCACUCCGCAAUGUCCUUGAACUGCUUUUGCGAAUUGAAUGGAACAGAAUUUGGCUUUGCUCUUUGCAACAUCACGACGUUGAACCACACUGGCAAUGGGAGCGGGAACUGCCAGCCCCAGACUCUAGAUGAUAUCCUCUUCAGACUUCUUGGGCCGAGAAGAUCCCCAUUCUUCCUCCCUGUAACUCUCACCUACAUCCUAAUCUUCAUCACUGGGGUGAUGGGGAACCUUCUAACAUGUACUGUGAUCACCAAACACAGGAAAAUGAGGACUCCCACCAACUUGUAUCUCUUUAGCUUGGCCAUAUCUGACUUGCUAGUGCUGCUGUUUGGGAUGCCUCUGGAAAUCUACGACCUGUGGCAGAACUACCCGUUCCCAUUUGGAGAAAGCGUUUGCUACUUCAAGAUCUUCUUGUUUGAGACAGUUUGCUUCGCAUCGGUCCUCAACGUCACGGUUCUGAGCGUUGAACGCUACGUAGCCGUGGUCCAUCCGCUCAAGACCCGCUACGCCAUCACCAACAAGCAUGCUCAAAGGGUUAUCGGAGGCGUUUGGGUCGUCUCUUUGGUUUGCGCCAUUCCAAACACCUCCCUCCAUGGCCUUCACUACUAUUACCUACCUGAGAAGGUGCUGGAAUCGGCCACCUGCAACCUUCUCAAACCCCAGUGGAUCUACAAUCUGGUGAUCCAAGUGACCACUGUGCUUUUCUACUUUGUGCCCAUGACUGUGAUCAGCGGGCUGUACCUGGUGAUUGGGCUGAGGCUGGGCAGGGAGCAGAGGCAGCAGGGCACGAAACUGGGCAAGAACUGCAGCGAGAACACCAGCUGGAGGAUCCAAGUGGAGAGUGGGCGCAGGAGGCAGGUCACCAAGAUGCUGGCUGUAGUGGUUCUGGUCUUUGCUAUCUGCUGGGCUCCGUUCCACAUUGACCGGCUCUUGUGGAGCUUCAUCACGCAGUGGACUGACCACAUGCACAAUGUAUUUGAGUACGUCCACCUCCUGUCUGGCGUGCUGUUCUACCUGAGCUCAGCAGUCAACCCCAUUAUCUACAACUUACUGUCCAGCCGCUUCCGCGAGCGCUUCUUCGAGCUGAUGUGCAGUCGGGUGGAUGGAAACACUUCAAGGAACAGCUCUCCUCCGUCCUGCAAGCGGCCGUCUUUCCCUAAGGGACCUGCGGCUAUCACAUCCAACAUACAGGCCGCUGCAGCUGGCCCCCAUCCAUCUGUUAUCUUCAGCAGGAAAUGGGAGCAGGAGCUCGAGACCACUUUUAUGUGACUCACACAGUGCGUGGUGUUGUGACACCCUCAAAUCAGAUGUGCCAAAAACAACACGUAAUAUGCUGUUUUUUAUCAUGUCCAUUUAAAGGAAUACUGCAGCGUUUAUCUGCCACAAAGUGCACCUUUGAUUUCUAACACGGAGUGAUUUAAACAAGUUUCCCUGAAAAAGAAAAGAAAAGAAAACACGUUGACUCAAAUUACACCUACAAUAGAAACUGGGCGGUUCCAGAAUUUUCAAAUUUUGUAAAAAGACAUUCCGUCAAAUUCCUGUGGAUUCAGCUGUUAGAAUGUUUAUCCUGUUCUUUCCGUGAUUAAGAUUAAGUGACCCUUAUUAGUCCCACCACAGGGAAAUUUCACCUCCGCAUUUAACCCAUCAGUGUAGUGACACCACAUACACAUUAGGGGGCAGCAAACACACAGUGGGCAGUCCUAUACACGGGGCCCAGGGAUCAGUUUGGGGUUAGGUGUUUUGCUCAAGGGCACUUCAGUCACAUACUGUCAGCUCAAGGGGAUUGAGCCGGCGACCUUCCGGGUCACAAGACUGAUUCCCUAACCUCCAGCCCACGACUGACCCAUGCUGGAUGGAGUAGAGGUGAGGCUGGACUUAGGGAAUGGGUGUUAUCACACUACAUAAGCUCAGAAUACUUCAAAACAUGUUUAUGAUGUAUCUGAUGCACAUUGUAAGAUUUUGACACAGACACAAUGCAGUGGUAGUGCCACGGUUAAAUCGGCCAUCUGUGUCUGGGAGUCGAUCCAAAAGGAAUUCAUUAUUUAAUUCCAGACUUUUUGAGGAUUUUGAGUCUAGUCCAAAGCUUUGGCUUUGAUCCCACACAGUGAUGUUCAAGAGAGUGAGAUAUUCUGGUGUUACAGUUUGAUCAGGGCUGCUCAACCACCACCCUGGACCCAACACACCUGGCGCAUAUAGCCCCCUGGAGGCCUUGAUCAGGUUUAUUUACCUGGGUCAGGUGUGACAUAUUAUGGUUGGAGCUAAACUCUGCAGGGUGGAAGAUCUCCAGGACCAGGACUGAGCACCACUAGUCUGGACAGUUUGUAUAAAAAUACACUCUUCCCCCGACACAGACAUCGAUUGUUCAGUCGGAAGGAGAUCUACCCAGCUGAAGAGACGGGGAGAGUCAGGUACAGCCAGGCCUGCCUUCAUUAGUCCCGUUAAUUAGACUAGUGUAUGUUAUUCAAAUGUCUUGCUAUGGUCAAAGAUAAAUAAUCCGCUAUUCUUUAUUUAAGCAGGAUGUCCUUGUCCAUGUCGUGGGUUUUGGAGUGGAGUUUGUUUCGCAGAAUUUUUUUGCCUUUUAUUUCACAACUUGAAAGAAAACAGUUACAAUUAUGUCAAUGUCAAUUCUACAAGACCCCUGUAAAAAUCUAACCCCACUCCCCCCAACCCACCCAACUCGCCCUUCCCGUCCUACUCACCCACCACCCCAACA